AUGGAAGAACUGUGCAAUUGUUUUCAGAAUACAACCACUCCGUCCAGUGUUAUUAUUGGUCUUGAUCGGGAGAGGAGAAGGUCUGAAAUUAUAUGUCAGCCUGUUUCCGGCGGUUCGUGUCGUGACCCCGAGACAGACGGCGAUUUCUUUGGGUCUUUCCUCACUGCAGAGCUGUCAUUUUACAAGAUGGCUCAAAUUUGCCAUUCCCUACGGAGUUGUUUCGGUCGAUAUACUCCCACAUUCAAUUUUCCUUAA